UGUGAAAAAGUGGUGACAAAUGCCUUGUUUUGAAUGAUUUGCAACUUUUGGCUCAUAUUUGUUGCAAACGUUUGGUUUGAUUUCACAAACAAUUAAAACACAAUCAAAGCCAACGAUGUCUUUGUCCACAGCUAUGGAUCAGUUCGCGGCCUUAAGACACGAAUCGGUGCCAUCGGGUGUGAAACGGGGCUCACAUUUGGAUGCUAUGGUUGGCAAUCACGUGAGCGAAGAGGUGUCCACCGGGACAUCUAUAAUGGCCGUCGAGUUUGAUGGCGGUGUUGUGAUCGGCGCCGACUCCCGCACAACAAUGGGCGCUUAUAUCGCGAAUCGCGUGACCGAUAAGUUGACCCGAAUUACGGACAACAUCUACUGCUGUCGCUCGGGAUCCGCGGCCGACACUCAGGCCAUCGCCGACAUAGUGUCCUAUCAUUUGAAUUUCUACGAAAUGGAAACGGGAGAGCCGGCGGCUGUUGGUGUCGGCGCCAACAUAUUCCGCGAGAUGUGUUACAACUAUAGGGACUCAUUGACGGCCGGCAUUAUAUGCGCGGGUUGGGACAGACGCCUCGGCGGACAGGUCUAUACGAUACCAUUGGGAGGAAUGCUGGUGAGACAGCCGGUGGCCAUCGGCGGCUCCGGCAGUACUUAUGUUUACGGUUACGUCGACUCCAACUUCAAGCCCAAUAUGACUGAAGAACAGUGCGUUCAGUUCGUCACCAACACGUUGGCGUUAGCCAUCAGUCGCGACGGUUCCAGCGGUGGUGUCAUUCGUCUGGGCGUUAUCACUAAGGAUGGCAUUAAACGCCACGUGAUUACCGGCGAUGAUAUUCCCAAGUUUUUCGAGGGAUAG